CACUCACUCACUCACUUACGCUAAUGUAGCUGCAACAGUUUGUUUUUUACUGUCUGAAUGGCUGAUCUGUACAAAAGUGACAGUUGUGGUAUGGACAACAGCAGAAGAUCAUUGAGACAACCUGAUGAAGAUCUGUCAGAAAGUCCAGCACCAUUCCAUAGAAUAGGAAGCAUACGGCAACCUCCAUACAUUUCAGAAAAGCUGAGAGUAGUGCUGCUGGGGUCACACGCAGAUGCAAAAGCCUCCUGUGGAAACAUGAUUCUGCGACAACAGGCCUUUUCAGAGUCACCAUCCUCCCUGCAUUUGUUUGAGGAGCGUGAAGGGAUGGUUUGGAAGAGAAGUUUGGUGGUCAUCAACACUCCUGACCUGCUUGGUCCUGCUCUCUCUCUAGAAAAACAAAAUGUGAAGAGAUUGUUCCAUCUGUCUUGCUCUGGACCUCAUACCCUACUGCUGGUCCUCAAGCCUGGAACAUAUACAGACUUAAAGAAAGAAGCUCUUAAGCACAACAUUAACAUCAUUUUUGGUGAAGGGGCAUCUGAAUAUAUGAUUGUUGUCUUCAUGCAUGGAGACCAGGAGUAUAUGAGUGGUAAAGACUUUACUGACUUUGAAUCAGUAAAGUCUCUAUCACAGACCAGCAGACUUCCACCCCAUCAUCUACAGAGGAAAGGAAAAAAAUCACAGGUGAAGAAACUUCUGAAGAGCAUCGAGAUGAUGGUGAUAGAAAAUGGUGGCCACCAGCAGUUGUGUAGUGCCCCAUUUAGCACAGAGAAGAGCUUGGAGUGUGUGAGGAUCGUCCUGAUUGGAAAAACUGGAGUGGGAAAGAGUGCAACCGGAAACAACAUCCUGGGACGCGACGUGUUUCAAUCAAAGGCCGGCAUGAAAUCUGUUACCAAGAUGUGCCAAAGAGAGACCGGAGAGGUCUGUGGACGACCUGUGACUGUGGUGGACACACCAGGACUCUUCUACACAAGUCUCAGUAAUGAGGAUGUCCACAAGGAGAUCAUGAGAUGCAUUGAACUGUCAACUCCAGGACCACAUGUGUUUCUGCUGGUCAUCGCUGUCGGCCCGGUCACACAAGAAGAGAGAGAAACACUUCAGCUCAUCAAGAUGACCUUCGGACAGAAAGCAGAUGCCUACACUAUGGUGCUGUUCACACGAGGAGACAAUCUCACAGAUCAAAGUAUUGAAGAUUACAUUAAAGAAGGAGAUCCACAUGUCCAACAACUGAUAAAUGACUGUGGAGGAAGAUAUCAUGUGUUCAAUAAUAAACAGAAAGAUCUUGCUCAGGUCGUGAGUCUGUUAAAGAAGAUUGAUAAGAUGAUGAAUAAUAAUAACUCCAGUUUCUAUAAUGACAAAAUGUUUCAUGAGGCUGAGAGAGCAUUUAUACUCAUGCAGAUCUGUAGAAAGAUGGAGGAGGAGAGCAGACGAGAGAGGGAGGGACUUAAAACCAAAUAUGAGUCUGAAAUCAAAGACAUGAAAGAGCAAUUAGAGCAGAAAAAAGCAAAAGUUAGAGAAUGUCUGCCCUUGGAAAGUGAGAACAAACUGAUCAGAAAAAUGACAGAGAACAGAGGCGCAGGAGAUCCCGAACAAAUGCAAGAUCAAUGUGAAUCUAAUGUUGAGGGAACGAAGAUGGAUAAAGGGGAAAAUCAGAUUUCAGAAACAACAGACCUGGACAUAGAGAGAACAGAAACAGAAAGAGAAUCUGAUAAAGAUCGUACUGAAAUAGGCAAAAAGAAAAAGAAUAGAAGGAAGACAUGGAAAACAAAAGAAACAGCAAAUAAAGAGAAAAGACAAAAUAGACACACAGUUACAGGUGAACAUAUCAGCAAAGAUUUACCGAAAAUAUGUGAAGAUGAGAGAAACGCGGAGAAGGAACGUCUGCUUCAACACUAUAAGGAAAUAGAAGAAUGCCGACAAAAGAUGGACGAGGCCAUGAGGAGGUUAAAAGAGACGACUGAAAUGUAUGCUGUAGAAGUCAAGAAUUUUAAAGCAAAAAAUGCUCAGAAAUUUGACAACUGGGAGAAAAACCAUAGGAAACCCUGUGUGCUUCAAUAACGGUCAAAUACAUUUGGUAAACAUACGGUGAAUUCGUUGUUGAAACCUGAUACCACAAUUGUUUACAUUUAUAUUUCCUUAUCAAUCUACACAUCAAUCUACACUCAGUACACCAUAAUUACAAAGUAAAAACAGAAUUUUUAGAAAUGUCUGUAAAUUAAUAAAAAAAAAAAAAAAAACUGAAAUAUCACAUUUACAUAAGUAUUCAGAGCCUUUGCAACAACACUUGAUAUUUAUCUCAAGUGCCUCUCAUUUCUAUUGAAUUUGGAACUAAAAAUUAUUCAGACACUUUGACCUGACCAUGUUUUGAUUAUGUGUUAUCUGACAUAAAUAAGAUUAUUAUUUUCGGACACAUGCAGUUUUACUCUGAGAUCUUGUCAUAUUUUAUUACCAUCUUUUAAACUAUAGUGAAUAAACUGUAUUAAUGAAUGAAAUGUUCAAGGUGUCUGAAUACAUUUUGGUUUGACUGUAUGUAAAUGUAAUAUCUCAGUUUUUUAUUUUUAAUAAAUUUACAAACAUUUCUAAAAUUAUAUUUUCACUUCAUCAUUAUAGGGGUAAAUUACUUUUCCAAUGAAAAUGUUGCAGAUGUUUUUGUGUAAUGACAUACAUAGCCCCGAAAGUCAUUUAAUACAGCAUUUACAAUCUAGAUAAAUCAAAACAUCUUUUAAAUUAUAAUAUUAAGCCAAGUCUAUAAGCAAAGAGUGUUAACAGAAAUCAUAAGUUUGUGGGUUUGUUUUAUCUUCAUUUACUGCAUGGCUCUGGUGUGCUCUCGCUUCACCAGCACGAGUAGCACCUGUCUUCCACACAGAGCUUUCCAAGGGAUUCGAUAUGCCUGAAUGAAGAGAACAUGGUGUUAAUUGAGAAUGUUUUGUUUAUGGAUCAAAAGAAAUAAGAAAUGAAUGUACUAAUAUCCUACUUUAAGUGAAAUGAUUGUUAAUAAUUGUAAAUUAUUGAGUAAAUUUUUUGUUUUAAUGUCUGUGAAUAAAUUUCUUAUUUUAAAAACUGUAGAUUGUGUUGAAGUCAUUGUUAUUUGGUGCUGAAGAAAUGUACAAUCUGGGUACCCCAUAAUCAUAUCAUAAUCAUACAUAUUAAUAGACAAAUUUAAUAUUAUUUAUGAUGGUUGAUGUGCUCAGAUGAUUUUUUAUUAAAAACAAAAGCUAGAAACAAGAUACAGUUUUUACAAUACUAAUUUUAGGUAUCCAUACGGAUCCAGUUUCCAUACCUCUUAUACUAUACUGGGUCGUGGGUGUGCUGGAUGAUUACUGACAUAAGUGGGAUAGUCAUAUUGGAGUAAAGAGGUUAGAAGAAUGUUAUAAUAAUGUUUUAGUUAUUAUUUAAUUUUAGCAAACAUUGCUUGUUGGAGUCCAUAUGCAUUUGAAACCCAAUAGAGUACUCGUAUCCUCAAUCCAUCCAGAAACAAUGAUGAACCCUGCAAAUGGUCCCAAA